AUGAUGAAGCUCCUAGUUUUUCUCAGCGUUGUUUGCGUGGCUGCAGUUAACGCUGCUCCCACUAAUGACCAGGGCUGGAUUGUAAUCCCAGGGGUGGAUGGCAAGCGUAAUCUGGCCUUAUUAGACGUGCCUGACUUCAAAGCAGAUCUCACAGACCCAUACACUCAAAUCACCUUCCAUCUAUACACAAGGAGCAACCGCAACACCCCCGUACAAAUCUUUGUUAACGACUUGAAUGGCGCACCCUUCGACGCUGCAAAAGCCAACAAGUUUGUCAUCCACGGCUUUACUAGCAACGCGUUUGAUGGAUGGACCAUCUCAUUCAAGGACAUGUUUUUGGAUCAAGAGGAUUGCAACGUGAUCGGCGUCGACUGGUCUGAGCCUGCUCAGGGGCCACUCUACAACGAGGCAAAAGCUAACGCUAAACCCGUUGGUGAAUAUGUCGCACAGUUGCACGACUUUUUGGCGAGCAACGGGCACAAUGUCGGCAACUCUCACUGCAUCGGACACAGCCUCGGCGCCCACGUUUGCGGCUUCAGCGGCAAGGCCUCUUCCACUGGCACUCUUGGUCGAGUGACCGGCAUGGACCCCGCUCUCCCCUUGUUCAGUUACGACGACCCUACGACCAGGUUGGCGUCCACGGACGCUAGUUACGUUGACGUGAUUCACACCUGUGCGGGCUGGCUGGGCUUCGAAAGGCCACUCGGCCACGCCGACUUUUACCCUAACGGAGGCAGCUUUGUUCAGCCUGGCUGUGGUGAAGAUCUUACUGAGUGUGAUACAUGGGACAACUUCCUCAGCGGUGCGUGUGCCGGCGCGUCUGAGGCCGUCAUGGGAAAUCCUUCCAACACAAAUUCCAGAGGCACCUUCUACUUGGCUACAAGUGGUAGCUCACCGUUUGCUUUGGCUUGCGGCAUUUGUGGAUCAGACGGCUUUGAGGAAACUACUAUCGGCGCGGCUACAGUGUUCCGAGCGAGAGAGUGUCGCAAAAUGAAGCUGCUCGCCGUUUUCUUCGCCGUAACAGUACACUCAGCGGUGUUUGCUGCACCAAAUCAAAGCCGUGGCUUCAAACACUGGCUUAAUCUGUUCCGGCCGAAGCCGUUGCUGAUCGAUCCGUACUCUGAAGUGACAUUUCAUCUUUUCACAAGAGCCAACAGGGACACAGCGCAUCAGAUUUGGAUCGGAAACAUCUCGAGUUCAAACUAUGACCCUGCAAAACCUACAAAAUUCACUGUCCAUGGCUUCAAUGAUAAUGGAUUCACAUGGUGGACAGUUGGCUCAAAAGAAAGCUUCCUUGACGAGGAGGACUGCAAUGUGAUUUUGGUUGAUUGGACGGGACCUGCAGCAGGUCCAAUGUACAGCAUUGCUAAAGCAAACUCCAUUCCGACUGGCGAAUAUGUUGGUGACAUGUACCAAUUUCUUAUCAGUCUAGGGCAAAACGUGGACGAUAUCCACUGUGCGGGACACAGUCUGGGUGCUCACGUCUGCGGCUUUAGUGGAAAACGAGUGAAAAUCGGGCGCAUCACUGGGAUCGACCCAGCCCAGAUUCUGUUCUAUUACAACAACCCCGCAGGUCGACUGACCUUCACGGACGCCACGUUCGUCGACGUUAUCCACACGUGUGGCGGCUGGAUGAGUUUUAUGAGCCCCAUUGGGCACGCAGACUUUUAUCCUAACGGUGGCAGCUUUCCCCAGCCGGGAUGCGGCGCCGAUCUGUUUUGCUCCUGCACCCAUGCGCGAUCAGCCGAUUUGUUUCACGAGUCAAUCAAAUCGAACAACUUUGUGGCGCAUCAGUGCGGUUCAUGGCAAGGUUACACCAACGGCUCCUGUAGCGCGAAUCCAAUUGCACUGAUGGGCUAUCCAGUUCGCCAAGACACCAGAGGCAAAUUUUAUUUAUUGACAGCAGACGCCCCUCCUUAUGCGCUUGGAUUUCCCACGUAUCUAUGAGACUACUAAUAAUGGUAAAACUGAACGAAAAAGCUGUAUUUAUUGUCAUGCUAUUGAAACAACAUGAUUU